AUGGUAGCAACCACGCGGCAUUCCCUCCCGCACCAACCGUCCGGAGCCUCUCCUWCCGCCACGCGUCGUAGCCUUGCCGAUACGGAYGGACGAGAGGCGCGUCGCCUGGUCACGAAUGCGCAUUUSGAGGACAAGAAUCAGACGAAUGGCACAGCAUCCCUAGGGACAUAUCAMUGGAGGGGAGCCGUGUAUGAAAUCACGCCCGACACCCCACAGGAAUGGAUCGAUCAGGGAGAGGCCGAGUGGGCGAAUACGCUGAAGAAGCGCGAGAGGCAGAAGAGGGAGCGCGAGGAUGGCGUGAGGGAGAGGGCAGAGGAGGUUGCUGCCUUGAAGAGGAAGAGGGAUGGUGAUGCUGUGGUGGUGGAGGCGGCGAGGAAGAGGAAGAGGAGUGAGGAAGUGGCGGUGGAGCGGAGGAGGAAGAGUGGGGAGCGCAGGGGAAAGAGUGAGGAGGCGGUGGAGAGGAGGAAGAGCGCGGGAAUGGCCGUGCAACAUCCCCCUCGACGACAAUCUCAGGCGGCGGAGCGGAGGAAGACGGUCUCAGCAACCACGGUCAUCCCUCCACGGAGCAGGAGUGGGGGGGGGAGGAGUCGCGAUAAGGAGAGCGGUUCCAGUACCGCUUCCUCCAACAUCCAUGUCGCCAACCCUCGUUCUUCUUCUCACCACCAUCCUCCCACCACCACCACCACCACCACCAAAUCCGCUACAAAAGCUCCCCAGAGAAAGGAGAUGAGACCUCCCCCCACAGACCCCGAACAUGAUCUACCGGAUGACCCCAGAUCCGAAUCCGAUACCAGUGAUAUUCCCACCAAACGUGGCACCAUCAACCUGAAAGAUGGCGCAAAGACCCUGUCCGCAAUCGCCAAGGAACGACGGGACAACAUCGCCAAGGGUUACUGCAUCGCUCCCAUCCUCACCAGAGAAGACGAAAUGCAGGAAUUGGCCAAGAAUCUGUAUGCUCUAGCCAAGACGAACGAUCGGGUGGAAGUGUUGAAGAAAUGGUGGGACGGGCAGAGAAAAGACGGAGCAUUCCAACGUCUGAUUGAAAUUGUAAAGGCCAUCAAAGCCGACAGGACCGCCAUCCAACCAGUCGCCGAUGAUGUGGAAGGUGAAGAGGAAUUAAGAGACUUCGCCGAGAGUGUGGGGGAAGUGGAGAAUGUGCAGGUCCUGUUGAGGGAUAUGGCGGUGGAGGAGGAACAGCUGGAAAAGGAGAGACGGGAGUCUGCUUUGAGAGAGGGGGUGGAGGAUGUGGUCAUGGAGGAGGGUGCUACAGUCCUCCCAACCCCGAAAUCCGACCAACAACCCAUCCCCUCAAAUCCCAACGACAGCAGCAUACAAGCCACAGCAGGAAGUCUGAUUUCCAACCAACCCACCCCUCCCGCUUCCCCUCACUCUUCCUCCCCCGAUGCAGACAAACCCGCCAUCCUGCCCAUCUUACUCCCCGAAACGGAUCGGGGCGGAAAUCCUCUUCGCUGGAGUUUGGAGAUGGAUCCCGCGCGACUCAAUAAUUUGAAGAGUCGCUUGAAGACCAAGGAGUUGCGGGAUCCCGAGAGGGCCGAGUAUGCCAUUGUUGAGAAGAGGCGAUUGGAGGGCGAGAGCAAGACGCAGAGACGGCGUAGAGUGCGAAGGGAGUUGAGGGAGGUCGAGGGCUGGACUAUUAUCCCAGAUCCUAAUCCUGAGGUUCAGGGUGGUGGGGAUGGUGAGGAGAUGGAUGGCGUGGAGUUUGAACAGCAACAACAGCCUGAUGAGGCGGAGGAAGUUGAGGAGGAAGAGGAAGAACAAGUCGUCUACGAACAUGAAGAUGAUGAUGUUGAUGAAGAUGAGACUACUGAAGAAGUCAUGGGAGAGAUUCAAGAGACUCCUUCUUUUCCUUCUUCCUCUUCUUCGUCAUCUUCUUCUUCUCCGAGGAGAAGGACAACAAUUCCCGCGACGACGACCAUGACGAAGAAGAGGACGUCAAGAGACGUGGAUGUCGUGGAUUGGGAGGCUGAAGGACAAGCUGCUGCUAGUAAAGUUCUUGGGGGGAGGAAAGGUGGGGCUGGGAGGGGUAUGAAGGGGAAGGGGAAGGGCAAGGGGAGGGUUGGGUGA